ACUGUAUUCAUACGAGAGAACUAGGCAGAAGGAUUGCCAGCUACCGCCCUAGCGUAUCCUCCGAGGCCCACGACAGCCCACUUCCCACGUUGUCGCCUACGCCAUUGUCGCCGAUCACCACACCCGCACGCCCAAGGACCAACCCUCGCGGCGAUACCUCUCCAGAAAGCGCGCCCAGCCGCGGCCUCCUCAGCGCAAACACCGCCCACCAUGACGACGCAGAUACCCAUGAUCUCGGUGCCGCUGAAGCAGACGAGCGAGAUUGACUGGAUAACCCCGCUGAAGCAAUACAUACGCGCCACGUAUGGCGACGACCCAGAGCGCUACAAUGAGGAAUGUGGAACGCUGAACCGCUUGCGUCAAGACAUGCGAGGAGCCGGCAAGGACAGUGCAGCGGGCCGGGAUCUGCUCUACAGAUACUACGGACAGCUCGAACUCCUGGACUUGAGAUUCCCCGUCGACGAGAACCACAUCAAGAUCAGUUUCACAUGGUUCGAUGCCUUUACGCAUAAACCUACCUCUCAGUAUUCCCUCGCAUACGAAAAAGCUAGCAUCAUUUUCAACAUCUCUGCCGUCCUAUCUUGCCAUGCCGCACACCAGAACCGCCACGAGGAUGUCGGGCUCAAGACCUCAUACCAUUCGUUCCAAGCCUCGGCCGGCAUGUUCACAUACAUCAACGAGAACUUCUUACACGCACCGUCGACCGACCUUAGCCGCGAGACAGUCAAGACACUGAUAGCGAUUAUGCUGGCACAAGCGCAAGAGGUGUUUCUGGAGAAGCAGAUUGCUGACGGCAAGAAGGUCGGCUUGUUGGCAAAACUGGCGAGUCAGGCCGCGUUUUUGUAUACACAGGCAACGGAAGGUGCGCAGGAAAACGUCACAAAUGCCGUGUUUGAGAAGGUCUGGCUUUUGGUUUGCCAGAUCAAAUCGCAUCACAUGGCUUCGCUAGCCCAGUACUAUCAGGCUCUGGCCGACGACGAUGCGAACACCCACGGUGUAGCCAUCUGCAGACUACAAGUCGCCGAAACGCAUGCCAAAGACGCCAAUCGAGCAGCUCACGGCUUCCCGAACAACGCGCCGGCAAACUCGAAUCUGACCUCGGAGACUGGGGGAAUAUUGGCAGAGAUGACGAAGAAACAUCUGGCCAACGUUCAGGAAAAGUUGGCAGAGUUUUCCAAAGACAACGACUUUAUAUACCACCAAGGCAUUCCGAAUGAAGCGGCCUUGACGCCAGUGCCGAAAAUGCCUGCUGCCAAGGCGAUACCCGUCAGCGAGUUAUACCAGGGACAGGACAUCCAGAGAAUCAUCGGUCCAGACAUCUUCCAGAAGAUUGUCCCACUCGCAGUCACUGAAUCAGCUAGUUUGUACGAUGAGGAGAAGGCUAAGCUCAUACGCGCCGAGAGUGAGCGUGUCGAGGUCGCCAACGAUGAGAUGGCCGCUAGCCUGGACUACCUGAAAUUACCUGACAGUCUAAAUGUACUACGAGGAGGCAUGGACCAAGACAACCAUGUCGACAACGAAUUCCGAAUGUGGUGCGAAGAGCUCGCUGGACACCAAUCGUUCGGCCCUGCGUUUGAGCAACUGGAUAGGGACAAGUCGGAGAUACUGGGUUCACUUGAUGCCAGCAUGAAACAACUAGACAUGGAAGAGAGUGUCUGUGAGAAGAUGAGGUCCAAAUACGGACCUGACUGGACACAGCAGCCUAGCUCUCGGUUAACGUCCACGCUGCGAGACGAUAUCAGAAACUACCGGGGCGCCGUUCAGGAGGCGAGCACUAGCGAUGCACAAUUAUACAACACAUUUAGGCAAUGUGAAGCCGACUUUGACGAGAUGCGAUCGGCUGGCGAAACGGAUGAAGCCGAUGUAUUGUACUCAAGAGCUAUGGUCAAAGCAGGCGCAAGUAAGGGCAAAAGCCCUAGGCCUACUGAAGGCAAUCUCAUCGAUGAUGACAUUGAUGAGGGUCCAUCGGUAACGGAUCAGAUUGCGGCUGUUGAAGAUAUCUUGCGGAAGCUGAACCUUGUCAAGAAGGAGAGGACGCAGAUACUCAAGGACCUCAAAGACAAGGUUCACUCUGAUGACAUUUCUAAUGUACUAAUUCUGAACAAAAAAGCCAUUGCGAACCAGGAGUCGCAAUUGUUUAAAGCUGAGCUGGAGAAAUUCAGGCCCCACCAGAAUCGCAUACUACAGGCCAACCAUAAACAAGCUUCAUUCCUGAAAGAGCUCACUCGAACUUACUCGGAUUUACUCAAAGACAAGCGCGUGCGAUCUGAGCAAAGCAAAUAUGAGGCAUUUUCAAGACAACGAAACAUCGUCAUGACCAAAUAUCGCAGAGUAUACCAAAGCUUCAAUGAUCUUGUUGCUGGAUUGUCGCGCGCUCAAACCUUUUAUUCAGAGAUGAAGGACACAGUGUUAAGCCUACAGAAGAAUGUUGAAACUUUUGUGAAUAACAGACGCAGUGAGGGCGGACAGCUCCUGACUAAGAUUGAGGAGCGCAACAAGGCACAAGGCGCAGAUCAGGAACAACAAAGAAUGAAGGAACUAAUGGAGAGGAUGUCACUGGAACCUUCAGGCUCACCUGUAUCACAAGGUGGAGGCCGUAAGAAGAGCAUACCACCUCCGCUUUCCUCAACACCUGGUUAUCCGUCAACAUCAGGAGCUAGCCAUCCGGCGUAUAAUCCUGCAGCUUCACCACCUGUUACGCCACGCUAUCCAAUGACCACAGGCCCAAGCCAACAGUUCAUGUCGCCACAGCAAUCCUAUGGCCAACCCUCGAACGGCUACAACCAGCAGCAACCCCCACGACGGGAGAGCUAUGGACAGCAAUAUCCCACGCAUCAAACGCAGAACUCGCAGAGCUCAUCGGCUUAUAACCCCGCGAUUCACAACCAAUACAACCCCACCUCACCACCAGCACACCAGCAAUUCUUCUCUCCACCGCCUGCACAACACCAACCACAUCAGCCAUGGGGUCAACCUCCUUCAAACCAGCAGCAACAGUGGGGUGGUGCACCUCAGAAUAAUCUGCCACAGGGUUAUGUUCCACCGCCACCUCCGCCGGGACCGCCGCCAAGUCAAUAUCAGCAAGAUUAUAGUCACUUCAGCCAAGGAGGCUAUCCAAAUGGACCCGGGGGAUACGCGAACCAGCAGCGACCGGCACAAGGACAGGGUCAGAACGGGAACGACCCCUGGGCGGGAUUAAGUGGUUGGAAAUGAUGAAUGUGGAGAGAUGGAGGGAAUACUACCUUCGCGCAGGAUACCGUCGUAACAAGAAGAGUAGGGCCCGGAUCAUAAAUUCAGUUCGUUCAUUAUUGGCGAUUCGAAAAGUGGACUUGAAAUAACAUCAGCGUAUUGC